UUAAUAUGGAGACGGAUAUCAAGCAGAAUUACUACGCCUACAUGUCAACGACUCCAGCCCGAGCUGAGAUAACAGCUCUGCCUGCGCCAGCUCCAGCGCCGGCUGCAGUGAUGGUGCUCAAUGCAAAUGCCGCACCACCAUUGGGGCAUGAGCCGCAGCGCAUGACUUGCCCCAGUUGCCGCAAUGUGAUGCAAACGCGCCUGGCACCGCGUGCGAAUAAGAGCACGCACAUGUUGGCCCUUGUACUCUGCCUAACCGGGCUGGUCUGCCUGGUGCCGCUCCCGUAUUGCCUCAAGAGCUGCCGCAGCUUGGAUCAUUAUUGCAGCUGCUGCAACCAGUACCUGGGCAAAGCCGUCAACUAAUUGCACCCAUUACUAAGUGCGGGACAUUAAAACCAUCCAUUAAGUACUCUAUCGGCAGAAAUUAAAAUUAAAUUGUAAACAUUUAGACAAAAACAGUUUAA